AUAACCUAUCUUUUUUGUACACUUUAAACUCAUUAAGGAUGGAUACUAAUAAAUAUAACGAAGAAUCUCUCCCGGAUGUUUUACCGCUGUAUUAUAAGAGAUUAUUUCCUCAUUUAUCGUUUUUCCGAUGGUUAAGUUACGGUUAUAACAACUACAUCGUUAAUCGAGAAAUUUCUUUCACCCUUUUUGGUGAUAUCUAUUUGCGUUAUUUAUCGUUUGAUAACCAAGAAGAGCUUAUGAACGAGUUACAAAAGCGAAAUCCCAUUAAAAUCGAUAUUGGAGCGGUUUAUACGCAACCACCAAAGUUCCGGAAAAGAUUCAACGUUUAUAUCCCAAAAGAGCGCGAAUUGGUCUUUGAUAUUGAUAUGACCGAUUACGACGAUAUCAGAACUUGUUGUAAAGGGGCUAACGUUUGUUUAAAAUGUUGGAAAUUAAUGACAAUUGCUUGUAAAAUAAUCGAUACGGCUUUAAGAGAAGAUUUUGGGUUCAAACAUUUAUUGUGGAUCUUCUCAGGAAGGCGAGGGAUACAUUGUUGGGUUUGUGAUAAAUCAGCGAGGGUUUUAAGCGAUACAAAUCGUGCCUCAAUCGCCGAAUACCUCCAAUUAAUCAAAGGGGGCGAAUACGUAGCCAAAAAAGUGCACCUUUUCGGAGACAAAAUCCACACCUCAAUUAAACGAUCCCUAAAAAUAAUCAAUCAAUAUUUCGAAAACAUAAUUAAAGAACAAAACAUCCUCGGAACGGAAGAAAACGUAAAAAAAUUUUUAUUAAUAAUUGAUAAAGAAAUCAGAGGAAGUUUCGAAGAAGCAAUAAUGAAAGAAAACACCUCUGAAGAAAGAUGGAAAGCUUUUAGUGAUCAUUUCGAUACUUUAUUUCAACGCCAACAGCUCCCAAAGAAUCUUAAAAACUUAAAAGAAGAAAUUAUCCUUCAUUAUACUUACCCGCGACUUGAUAUUAACGUUACAAAGGGGAUGAAUCAUUUAUUAAAAGCCCCGUUUUCCGUGCAUCCAAAAACGGGGAAAAUUUCGAUUCCGUUUAAUCCAAAAUUGGCGGAUAAAUUCAAUCCGGAUCUUGUACCAACCAUCGACACCCUUGUUGAUGAAAUUAAUGAGUACGAUGCAAAAACUAACGAACAAAAAAAUGAAAUGGGGGAUGACCCCAUAAAAACGACCUCGGUGAUAAAAGAUUAUAAAAAAACUAGUUUGUUGAAACCGAUUAAUCUCUUUGGUGAAUUUAUUCGUGGGAUGGAACUUGAUUUGAAUAAAAAUAAUGAAACGGUAGAGUUUUAAAUGUAUUUGUUGAGGAGUGCGCUUUAAGUUAAUUAAAAUAAAAAGGACAGGGGAAACUUAAAAUGUAACAAGAACUUUUUAUUGUUUAAUAACAACUCUUACUUUGCACCAAUACAAUCAAUAUGCGGACACUGAUACACAAUCUCUUACAAAAACACUAUUUCAACACCCUCCCUCAAUUUGAACCUUGUUACAAAAAAAUAAAAAUCGGUUUAGUAAAUACGUCGGCUAAUUGUUUACCACUAUCAAUAUUCUCAACUUCAAUUAACUCUGUUUUGAUUUUAUCUGUUAUAAAAUGAUAUUUAAUACUUCCUCUGUCCGAUAAUAGUUGCUACAUUUCAGUUUAAUGUAAAAAUUAUUGUAAAUAUGAAAUGUACAAGCGAUUUAUCUAGAUACAUAAGGUAGACAAUAUAACAAUCAAAGUGU